AUGUCAGAGGAAACCCAGACUACGGAUCUACCAAGCGAGCAACCUGCAGAAGUUGCUCCAGCCACUAAAGAUCUGCCGAAGCCAGUCGAAGGUUUUUUUUAUUUCGAAAUUUUUUCAUUUUGUUGUUGACUAACUUUUAUUUUUCUAACUAAAAUAUUGAUAGCUGUUUCUUGUUUGGAAUAUAUAUUACUGGUCGUAAAUUUUUUGAAAACGAGCUGUAGGAUAGGCACAAAAUCUUAGAAGAUUCUUUCAAGCUUCAUAGAAGAGUUAAGUGGGUUUUACAUUUUUCCACUGCAUUGCAGUGAAUAUCGUUUAUAAAAGAACUACCUAAAUUUCUACUUUUAAAAUGCGGUAUUUGAGAAUAGUUUUAACAAUUUUUCAGAAGACGCCGAACAGAAAGAAGCAGCUGAGACAGUUUCAAACGGAGAGGCCAACAAUCAUGCUGAAGAAACAAAGGCUCCUGCACCAACCGAAGAGGUAAUCAUCUAAAUUGUUUUGUUUUUUUUCAACGAGGUUAAUUUAUCAGGUAAAAGAGAGCGAAGCGGCUCCUGAGGCUGAGAGCGAGGAUAAAAAGGUAGAGGAAACUGGUCCGAGUGAGAAAAAUGUGGAGAGUGAAAAGAAUGAUGUGGAGAGUGAAAAGUGGGAAGUGAUUGGUGAUGAAGAAAUUAAGAAGGUUCGAAUUAACUCAUCUAAUAUUGUUUUAUAAAGAAGUUAUUUUUCAGGCCAAAGAAGACGAAUCUGCGCAGAAGGAAGCAGCGGCUGCUAAAGAAACUGAGGAAAACGCUGAAGAGCCGGUUGCUGAAAAGAAAGAGGUGAAUUGAAUCGAAUCCAUUAUUUUUAAACGUUUCGGUCGCAGGUUGCUCCGCUGACCGAAAAUGCUGAAGAGUCCGCUGAAGAAGCUGCUACAGAAGAGGUUCUUAUCGACUUUUAUUUUCGAAUUUCUAUUGUCAAUAUUUUCCAGAAAGAGGAGUCGCAAGAAGAUGACGCUGAACUGAACGAAGAAGUCUCGGCAGUUGCUGCGACUCCUUCGAAAAGAGGAAGAGGUCGUGGAAGGGGCCGAGGACGCGGUCGUGGACGUGGAACAGCUUCAACGACAGCCACGCCAUCGACUCCAAGAGAGAAGAAAGAGCGCAAAGUCGCUCCGCCACCUUCUGCCGAGGUUUUUAUAAAAUUUAAAGUAUAUGGUUGUGGAUAAAACGAUUUCAGUCUAUCGCGGCCACACGACCAAGACGUUCGACUUCAACUCGUGUUGAUUAUGCGAACCCUGACACUUCAACUGUUUUGGCAGAGGUAGAUGACGAGAUUCCUGGAAAAUUGUUCAAGGUCUUCUAUUUUCUGUGAAUUGAAAAACCAGAGUAAGGUAGCUGUAGGACCUUUUAGGAGAAUUUUGAGAGUAGAAUUACUUGAAAGAAGGAUUCACAGAUUUUUUUUAGUUUUGAAAAAUAUGAAUAUGAUAAUAACGAACUUUUUAGAACGACCUAACCUUGUUUUUUUGUUUAUUUCGAAAAAAAUUUCUUUUGCGAUAAUUUUUUUAAACUGUUGCAAAUGUUUCUCUCUGUGACUUAUUUCUUUAAGUCUGUCCUCAUUUGUCUAGAGAGGAAGCAGACUUGAUAGAUUAUAUUGCUAAUAACUACGUGUUUGAUUCAAAAAUUCUAAACUUGUGAGGAUUUUUUUCUAACUUCAUAAAACUUUAGGGCGCUCGAGGUGGUCGUGGCCGUGGACGUGGAGGACGUGGCAAAGGUCGUGCUCGUGGAUCCGAGUCCGACAGUGAUGCUGCUCCCAGCGACGAGGACGAUGUGGUAAUUUUUUCUCUUUUCUGGUUUUAAAGAAAAAAAAAGUUUCUUUUUUUUUAAAUAGGAGACUAGUAUGCUGAAACGUUUUCAAAAUAUGUAAUGGAGAUUUUAUCAUCAACACAAAGUUAGUUCUUCGGAAAGAGAGAAUGAAAGUUCAAUUUUAAAAAUUAUCGAGGGAGGUGUAUAAAGUUAAGAAUUUGGUCAUUCAGGAAUGUAGUUACGAAUCUAGAAAAUAGCUUGAAUGUUAUCUUGAAAAAUAAAUAUGUAUCGUUUUCUUCAAGUCUACAUGUUGGAGUUUUGCAGGAAUUCGGCAAGAAGAAGCGCGGAGGAGCUGUGGGCCGAGGCCGUGGCCGCGGAAGAACUCCAGGAACUGGACGCGGACGUGGUCGUCCAGCGGGCGGUCGGACCAAGAACAAGGAAGAGUCUGACGAGGAGGACGAUGGAGAAGUCGAGUACGACGACCGCAAGAGCGACGAGGCUGAGGUUGAGGCCGACGCUGAUGUCGACGUGAACGAGAAGGACGAUGAUGAGGCAAGUUCAGGAUUUUCAAGGGACUCUUCAGCACAGAAAGUACAGUUCGAGAGAGAUUAUGAGACUAAAGCAACACUCUUUCUCCUAGCGACUAGUGAACGCCUGAGAAAACUUAUAGAUUAAUUUAAAUUAGCCGUGGGUAACGACUUUAAAAGUGUCGUUGUCUGUAAAAAAGAAAUUAGGCUGAUUCUUCGAACAUUUCUCGACUGAGAGUUUCUUUUUCAGGAAGGCUUAAGGAAGUAUUUGUUCGAUAAUUUGAAUUCAUUUUUCUCAAUCGUUCAACACACCCGAUGUUUCCAAGCUUAACCCUUUUUUUUUUUUAGUUUUGAGCUCCGUGAGGAUGGUUAUAGCUAAAGUUUGAUAUUUCAUAUGUAUCUUGGCUUAUGGAAAAUACGAUGUAAGUAUUAAACAUGUUUUCUCUUUCAGAGCGGCAAGAAGAGGAAAGCGCCUGAGUCUUCAACUCCAUCUAAGAAACGCGCUCGAGCUGGAGGCGAUGAUGAAGAAGAAUAA